CAAAAUUAUUUGUUGGUUUUGAGUGAAGUAUUUAUGACAGGACCAAACCGGUGGCCAAUCCAACAUUCCAGUUUUUUCUGUUGCUAAUGCUUUCAACAACUGGAAAUUCAAACUUUCACUGAACGAUAUGAAAGCGUGUGGUCAUACUGAAGUUACCCAGCAAUAGCCAAGGCGGACGAUGUAGUUUUCCGCACAUCGUUCACAUAAACGGUUGUUUGCUGUAAAGCUGCUCUCAGAUAAACAUUGAAGGAGAAAUAAACUACAACUACGUACAAAAUCUAUAAAAUAUGUCGUUGAUUUUCAAAGAAUUGGAAACAGAAAUUGCGAAGCGUGUAGAUGCAUUCUAUGUCGAUAAAAAUUGUUUUAUUGAGGUGUUACCGGGGAAUGUUAUAGUGCCAAGAAAGUUUAAAGAUAUCGGAGAAUCAAUAAGACACUUGAAGACGUAUCCCGAUGACGUUUGGCUAGUGUCAUAUCCUAGGACUGGAUCCACAUGGGCCCAAGAAAUGAUCUGGCUGUUGGGCAAUCGUUUGGACUUUGAAGGAGCCAAGCAAAUGCAACAGAUACGAUCCCCCAUAGUAGAGCUCUCUGCUCUAUUCAGUGUUGAUCAUCACGAAUGGGUUUCGAAUACUCUGGGAAGCACUGUUGAAACGGUACACAACUUGCCGCGACCCCGGUUUGCACGUUCACACUUGCCAUGGCAUUUAUUGCCACAAGAUUUGGAGGAAUCCAAUGCCAAGAUUGUAUAUACUUCCCGAAAUCCUAAAGAUCUUUGCGUCUCAUUUUAUCACUACUGUAAACUAAUGCACGGCUUACAGGGCUCUUUCGAGGAGUUUUUAGAAUUAUUUAUCGAUGAACUAACACCAAUUGGUUCUUAUUGGAAACAUGUGUUGCCCUUUUGGGAGCGAAGACUUAAUCCAAAUGUCCUAUUUCUAAAAUAUGAGGAUAUGAAGCGCGAUUUGCCAGCAACAAUUCGAAAAUGUGCUGCGUUCUUAAAUGUCGAUUAUGAACUAACAGAGGAAGAUAUGAAGAAAAUAUGUGAACAUCUUAAAUUUGAUAAAAUGCAAUCAAAUCCAGCAGUUAAUUUGGAUGCAAUUCUAAACAACUUCGAUUCGAAUGGCAAUCCAAGCACUGAAGAUAAAUCAAAUGAUCAAAUAAAAUUUAUUCGUAAGGGCCAAAUUGGCGAUUGGAAAAAUUACAUAUCAAACGAAAUGUCCGAAAAUUUUGAUGAAUGGAUAGUAAAAAAUUCCAGUGGCACGGGACUGUUAUUUGAAUAUGAAUAAUCCGGAUAUAGAAACUUGUUACUCCCGGCAUUUAAUAAUGGUAUUACAUAAAAUAUGUAACCAUGUGCCGCGGUAUUUAUUAGUUACAUAAUAUACAUGUAUGUUCAAUAAAAAAGAAUUGUUUAAC